AGGAAGUGCUUGAAAGGAGGAUGUGUGGAGGAGGGAGCAGCCUGCCUGGGUGGUUGUGGGACGUGACUCCUCCUCCCGAGCCCUGGACACACUCGCCCUCCACCUCCACCCUUGGGCAUCCAGGAGCUUGUUUCUGAGAUAGCAGAGGUACCCAGAGGGACCCCAGCCCCGCUGCAGUGUUUCCUAGGCCCUGUGGGUGGAACCCCCCAUGGGAGCCCCGGAGACUCGUGCAGUGCGGGCUCUGUGUUCACCGGAGUCCUGAGGAGGUGCCUGCAGUUGCCAGUGCCCAUUCCAGGAGGCCUUCAAGGAGCCGGCUGCUGGCAUGGGUGCUCUGGCUGCAGGCCUGGCGGGUGGCAGCCCCGUGCCCAGGCGCCUGUGUAUGCUACAAUGAGCCCAAGGUGACAACAAGCUGCCCCCAGCAGGGCCUUCAGGCUGUGCCCGCGGGCAUCCCUGCCUCCAGCCAGCGCAUCUUCCUGCAUGGCAACCGCAUCUCACAUGUGCCAGCUGCCAGCUUCCGCGCCUGCCGCAACCUCACCAUCCUGUGGCUGCACUCGAAUGUGCUGGCCCGAAUUGACGCGGCCGCCUUCACUGGCCUGGCCCUCCUGGAGCAGCUGGACCUCAGCGACAAUGCACAGCUCCGGUCUGUGGACCCUGCCACCUUCCACGGCCUGGGCCGCCUGCACACGCUGCACCUGGACCGCUGCGGCCUGCAGGAGCUGGGUCCGGGCCUGUUCCGUGGCCUGGCUGCCCUGCAGUACCUCUACCUGCAGGACAACGCGCUGCAGGCGCUGCCUGAUGACACCUUCCGCGACCUGGGCAACCUCACACACCUCUUCCUGCACGGCAACCGCAUCUCCAGCGUGCCCGAGCGCGCCUUCCGCGGCCUGUACAGCCUCGACCGUCUCCUGCUGCACCAGAACCGCGUGGCCCACGUGCAUCCGCAUGCCUUUCGUGACCUUGGCCGCCUCAUGACACUCUAUCUGUUUGCCAACAAUCUAUCAGCGCUGCCCACCGAGGCCCUGGCGCCCCUGCGUGCCCUGCAGUACCUGAGGCUCAACGACAACCCCUGGGUGUGUGACUGCCGGGCACGCCCGCUCUGGGCCUGGCUGCAGAAGUUCCGCGGCUCCUCCUCCGAGGUGCCCUGCAGCCUCCCACAUCACCUGGCUGGUCGUGACCUGAAACGCCUAGCUGCCAAUGACCUGCAGGGCUGCGCUGUGGCCAUCGGCCCUUACCAUCCCAUCUGGACUGGCAGGGCCACCGACGAGGAGCUGCUGGGGCUUCCCAAGUGCUGCCAACCAGACGCCGCCGACAAGGCCUCGGUGCUGGAGCCUGGGAGACCGGCUUCGGCAGGCAAUGCACUGAAGGGACGCGUGCCGCCUGGUGACAGCCCCCCAGGCAACGGCUCUGGCCCACGGCACAUCAACGACUCCCCCUUUGGGACUCUGCCUGGCUCUGCUGAGCCCCCGCUCAACGCAGUGCGGCCCGAGGGCUCUGAGCCACCAGGGUUCCCAACCUCAGGCCCUCGCCGGAGGCCAGGCUGUUCCCGCAAGAACCGCACCCGCAGCCACUGCCGUCUGGGCCAGGCAGGCACCGGGGGUGGCGGGACUGGUGACUCAGAGGGCUCAGGUGCCCUGCCCAGCCUCGCCUGCAGCCUCGCCCCCUUGGGCCUGGCACUGGUGCUCUGGACAGUGCUGGGGCCCUGCUGACCCCCAGCGGACACGAGAGCGUACUCAGCAGCCAGGUGUUUGUACAUACGGGGUCUCUCUCCACGCCGCCAGCCAGCCGGGCAGCCGACCCGUGGGGCAGGCCAGGCCAGGCCCUCCCUGACGGACGCCUCCCGCCCACCACCCCCAUCUCCACCCCAUCAUGUUUACAGGGUUUGGCGGCAGCGUUUGUUCCAGAACGCCGCCUCCCACCCAGAUCGCGGUAUAUAGAGAUAUGCAUUUUAUUUUACUUGUGUAAAAAUAUCGGACGACGUGGAAUAAAGAGCUCUUUUCUUAA